GCCAAAACAAAACAAAUUUAACCUCGUCUUAUUUGCGUAUUCAAUUUGGGUGCAGCCACUAAACUCUUUAGUAAAAUUACCAUAAUUAACGUUCGAUAAUCAAAACAUUAUAUUGUGAACUAUUCUAUAUGUUGACAAAUGCACAUCGGCGGCGGCCAACGAUGCGACGCGAGCCAGUAAGCGCUGCGGCCGCGGCAACGUAACACGUGUCCGUGAAAAUCACACAGUGAUGUCGCAACGAAGUUUAACCUGACGUGACCAAAACAGUGCUACAACAAACCCAUCCGUAAACCGAACCACAUAUCAGGCCAUCAUGGGGGCACUGUUCCGCAGCGAGGAGAUGGCGCUCUGUCAACUGUUGGUGCAGCCCGAGGCGGCCUAUAUAUCCAUGUACCAGCUCGGGGAGGCCGGCAUAGCGCAGUUCCGAGAUCUAAACCCCCACGUGAACGACUUCCAGCGGCGAUAUGUGAGCGAAGUGAGAAGAUGUAGCGAGAUGGAGCGGAAGCUGCGCUGGGUAAGCGGGGAGCUUCCGGAGCCGCCGCCACCGCCCAAGCCGGGCCCGCGCUCGCUCAGCCCCAGGGAGAUUAAUAUACUGGAGGAAAGAAUCGACUACAUAGAAUCGGAGAUUCAAGAAAUCACAAGAAACGCUCAGAACCUGAAGACGGAUUACCUAUCGCUGAUUGAAUUGAAGAUCCUCAUAGAGAAGACACAGACAUUCUUCCAAGACCACAGUGCCCACAGGAAGAUCUCAGCUUCUGUGCAGAUUUAUAAUAAUGAAAGUCUUGGCCACCUUGGGUUCAUUGCUGGAGUGGUCGCGACGGCGCGGGUGCCUUCAUUCGAGCGAAUGCUGUGGAGGAUAUCGCAUGGAAACAUAUUUUUCAAGCAAGCUCAGAUCGAUCAGCCCUUGAAGGAUCCCGUGACGGGUCACGACCUCUUGAAGACCGUAUUCGUGGUGUUCUUUCAUGGAGAGCAAAUCAAGUUGCGCGUGAAGAAGGUCUGCCACGGCUUCCAGGCGACCCUAUAUCCGUGCCCCGCCACCUUCAAGGAGCAGCAGGACAUGCUGGGCGGCGUGGCGACGAGAAUCCAGGACUUGGAUAUGGUUUUGGGGCAAACGGAACAACACAGACGACUAGUUCUUGCAAACAUAGCAAGAGAUAUAAGUACGUGGAUGAUGGUGGUGAAGAAAGAGAAGGCGAUAUACCACACGAUGAACAUGUUCAGCAUGGACAUUGUGAAAAAGUGUCUCAUAGCGGAGUGUUGGGUGCCUAAAAGUGAUCUGCAUAUAUUACAGCAGGCUUUGGAAGAUGGGGUGAAAACAAGUGGCAGUCCGAUUCCAUCGAUUCUGCAUCAAGUCCCAACGAGAGAAACGCCGCCGACCUUUAACAGGACCAAUAAAUUCACCAAGGGCUUCCAAAACCUUAUUGAUUCCUAUGGAAUCGCCAGUUAUAGAGAAGUAAACCCAGCUUUGUAUACGAUCGUUACAUUCCCAUUCCUAUUUGCUGUGAUGUUUGGUGACGUCGGCCACGGCCUCAUCAUGACGAUAUUCUCUGCGAUCCUCGUCAUCUAUGAGAAAAAAUUCAUGAAACUGAAAUCUGAUAAUGAAAUUUGGAAUAUCUUCUUCGGUGGCCGCUACAUCAUACUCUUGAUGGGUAUAUUUUCGAUCUACACCGGUUUGAUAUACAACGAUGUGUUCUCAAAAUCACUCAAUAUAUUCGGGAGCAGUUGGAAAAAUCUUUAUGAUAAUGAGACUUUAAGCCGAUUCGGGCUGCUCGAUUUGGAUCCUGCUGAGGCAUACACACAAACGCCUUAUCCAUUUGGUUUAGAUCCAGUUUGGCAGUUUGCAUCAAACAACAUAAUAUUUUUAAACUCGUUCAAAAUGAAGCUCUCGAUUAUAUUUGGAGUAAUACAUAUGGCGUUCGGUGUGACAUUGAGUGUGGUAAACUUCAACUUCUUCAAGAAACCGGAGAUGAUCUUCCUUCAGUACAUACCGCAAAUUUUAUUCCUAUUACUGCUCUUUUGGUAUUUAUGCAUAUUGAUGUUCAUGAAGUGGACCAUGUACUCGGCAGUCGCUGAUGAUCCCGCAUACGGCACAUCAUGCGCCCCCUCAGUGCUGAUAAUCUUCAUCAACAUGAUGCUGCUGAAAGAGAGCGAGAGCAAGCCUCCCUGCAGGCUGGAGAUGUACGACGGACAGGACGCCUUACAGAAGACGUUCCUGGUGCUAGCGUAUACUUGUGUGCCGGUGAUGCUAUUCGGGAAGCCGGUGUAUUACAUGAUAGCUGCCAAGAAACGGAAGCGAUACCAGCAAGGCGUAGAAGGUGGCGACGUAGCCGUAGACAAGGAGGAAGAAGGCAUGGGCGAGCUGAUGAUCACGCAGGCCAUCCACACCAUCGAGUACGUGUUGGGCACCGUCUCCCACACCGCCUCCUACCUGCGCCUGUGGGCUCUCUCGCUCGCACACGCCCAGCUGUCAGCGGUACUAUGGCAGCGAGUACUGAAGAUGGGCAUGGGCAACCAUCCAGUGAUGUCAAUCGGAUUGUUCGUCAUCUUCGGCGUGUGGGCGUUCUUCACGCUCGCGAUUCUGGUGCUUAUGGAGGGACUGUCUGCCUUCCUUCAUACGCUGCGGUUACAUUGGGUGGAGUUCAUGAGCAAAUUCUACGAAGGUCACGGGUACGCAUUCGCGCCGUUCUCCUUCGCCGGUAUAUUAGAGCAGGACAGCGAAGAGGAUGCAGCCGCUGACGCAGCCGCUGCAGCAGCCAACAACAGUCCGCACGACUGACCCCGCCACUUCCACGAGUGGGGCCCGCCUCGCGAAUACCAAGAUCCUGAGCCGAUCUCUGAUGGACUUUACAGUGAUUCUAUAUUUCCGACGGGUCAAUGAUGGGACUUUUUGAUUAUUAGAAACUUUAUAAAUAAUGGAUAUUUAGACAAUAGGAUAGUAAAAAAAAAUAAAAAAUCUACUCCAACAAUAGUCCACACGACUGACCCCGCCACUUCUCGCGAUAUACCAUGAUCCUGAACCGCUCUCUGAUGGACUUUACAGUGAU